UCGCCGGGUUGUUCGCGCAGGUCGAGGAGCAGAAGUCGAGCACCAUGUUGGUGGAGCUGACCCGGAGCUCGCUGGCGUUGGUGCUGGGAGCGGGAAGCUCAGCCCCGGACGCCGAGCCGGAUCUCAGCCGCAAUGGGCAGCAGCUGUUUGCGGAGCUGAAGGCCGAAAACGGGCGCAGUGUGUGGAACGAGCGGCUGGUACACGCCGUGUCCGAGCUGCAACUCCUGGGCUGGCUGCAUUGCGGCGUGCUGCUGCUGGGCGGCCGAGCCUCGCACUUGGAGGUGCUGAGGGAAGCCUGGAUCCGGAGAGCCCUGAGACCUCCCCGGGGAUUCCGCAUCCGAGCAGUAGGUGAUGUGUCUCCAAUACCAAUGAUGCCGAUUGCUCAGUCGCAGUUUGUGCCCCUGACAGAAGUUCUUUGCUGCGUUAUUUCUGAGAUGAACGAGAGUCAUGUUACAGUGACUCAGGAAGCCUUGAUGGAUUAUUUGGUCCAAUGCUAUCCAGGUAUAGCAUCACCUUCCCAGGAAAUCCUUCAUAAUGCUCUGGGCACUCUGAUCCGGGACAGGAAGAUUUAUCACACUGAGGAAGGCUACUUCAUCGUCACCUCACAUACUUACUUCAUUACCGGGAACGCGGGGAAGCAGAACCGCCCCUGGAUGCUGAGUGGGAACCACGCACCCUCGCUGCCUCCUGUCACCUACCUGGUGAGUGUGGAGAGCUGUGAGAACACACCGAGGGGGAAAGGCCUCCCUGGAACGGCUCUCUGCGAUUCCUGCUGCUGUUUCAAUGCACAGCUGGACGCCCAAGACAAGGGGAUCUGCAGGGAGCCCAAGCCCUCAGUCCAACACCGGGCUACCUCCACGGCAACGGGCCACCAGGGUACUGAACCAAGCAGGUCCAAAGAGAAAGGAAAUCCCAUCCGAAAGUUUGGACUUGGGCUGUUCCGCCGUAACACAAAGAAGGAAAGUCCUAAGAGAGAGUAUGGGACCUUCUCAGCCCAAUUCCCCCCAGAGGAGUGGCCUGUUAUUGAUGAGAACAGCCUAGGGGACAUUCCUCGAGAUGUCGAGCUCCAAAUCAUCAAACGCAUCAACCCCGGGCUCACGGUGGACAACCUCAUCAGGCACACUCUGCUGAUGAAGAAGCUGGCAAGGGAGAACCCCGCGGCAUGCCGCGGCAGCUCAGCAGAGUGGCUGGCCCAUAAGCAGAGGCAUCGCUCGAGGGGCAGCCCCCGUAAGGUGCUGGCCGGAGGGCAGCAGCGAGUCAGGUCGGCUCGGCUAAAGCGCAGGGAGUCACUUCAGACCCACUCUGUGGAGGGUCUGUCCAGGCUUGCAGGGGGGCCCGGCGCAAAGGAAUCACUCAAGGCCAGAAGGAGCAAGAAGGAGCAGUCCUGGGAGCAAAGCGCACAGGUCGACACUCCAACUGCACACGUCCACAAGAGAAGAAUUGACAAUCCUUUCUCCAGGUUGCCUCCCAGGGACCCCUCAGGCAAACAGCAUGGCUCUCAGAACCCCCGGCUCAAGAACACGAGGAUGGAGAGGCGCAGCAGGGCAGCACGGGUGUCUCAGUGUCUCAACCCAACCGGAGUGAAGGGUGCUGACCCACUGGGGGAGGGUUCUCAGGGGAUCAUUAAACCUGGCGGUAGCUGCUGCCUCCCUUCAGCAGAGGAGAACUCGACAGGCCAUCCAGAGAAGGAGCACAGGCGGCUGGGUUACACGCGCCCUGGGCUCCUAGCAGACUGCCAACCCCAGAAUUGCCCGAGGAAGGUCAAGAUACCUGUGGUGCCCAAGGUGAAUCACCAGUCGAAACACUGCCGUCCUGCCCAAAGUUCAGGAUCAAUCCACCUCGAGCAGGAGCAAGCCCGGCAGGAGGUGAACCACAUUGACGGCCCUCUCCCCUGUAGUUGGCAGGAAAACCCUACAGCGUCUGGCCUCUGUGCAGCAGGGAGCUCUGGGAGUGUGGAGAGAGCUCUGCCUCAUCGAUCGAGCACACAGUUGGUUUCCCAAGGGCAAGUCAGUGAGGAGGAUGCCGAGGCAGCCAUCGUGCCGGAGGCUGGUGGGGACCAAGAGCAGAGUGAGACCUUUACUGAUAACGAUGAGACUCUGUACCAGGGAGAGCUGGAUGAAGAUGAUGCUUGCAGUUCACUUUACCUCAAUGACGAUGAUAAUGAAAUCACACAGCUCUCCAGCCCUCCCCUUGCCCUCAGCUUUGUUAGUCAAACAGAACUAGAAGGUUCAUCAGCCGGGCUGUCCAAUGAGAACUGGGCUUUGACCAGGAUCCUGCUGGACGAACCACAAACUGCAAAUGCUAAGUUCUGCACACAGCAACCAACAGGCUGGCUGGAAGGGAGUAAUGGGAGCCUAGGACCAUCCAAGCCCUGGUCUGAGGAUGAGCCCUACGCACAAAUACACAAACAUGGGUUAACGUCACAGCUGGGGUAUGACCACCUGGAGGAAACGGAGCAUCCGGGUGGGCACAGAGACCUGACAAGCAGUGUGUUUAAUUACUGUGAUGUGGCAGCUGCCGACUCUGAACCAGAGACACUUCCUAACCCUCCCCGUGACGGUGAUGGAAACCCAGAUGGCCGCAAGCUCUGGGCAGUCCAUCGGGGAAUAAAAGCCCAGCUGAGAACCAUGGACCCUGACAUGGAGUUUGCUCCCCAUUCACAUGAUGUUGCCUUAUCACAAACAAGUCAAGAGGAGCACAGUCACCUAGAGACACUGGAGAAUAAAAGCAUUACCGGCGACAGUGGCAUCGAUUCACCUCGGACCAGAGCGAGUUUGGCAUCAAAUAAUUCCAUUGUCCUCAGCAACCUGAAGAGGCAGAGCUUGAUGCUGAAUUUCGGGACUCUCAGCAGCAGUGGGCGAAGUGGGGUUUUGUCCCAGCAUCCUCUGCUACAGCUCACACCAGUGAUGAACGUUUGAUUGACAGACACACUGUCCAGCCAACGAAUGCUAAGUAUGAGAUGAACCUCUUGCCCGAUCUGUGUAUUAACUUUUUUUUAAAACACAGCCUUUUAAUCAUUUCUACUUGAGACUUAUUCAUUUUAGACUAUAAGACUAAGGAGCAGAAGUCGGCUAUUCGGCCCGCCAUUUUAUCACGAGCUGAUCCAUUCUCCCAUUUAGCCCCACUCCAUAGCCUUCUCACCAUAACCUUUGAUGCCCUGGCUACUCAGAUCCCUUUCAAUUACUGCCUUAAAUACACCCAAUGACCUGGCCUCCACUGUCACCUGUGGCAACAGAUUCCACAGCUUCACCACCCUCUGGCUAAAAAAAAUUUCUUCACAUCUCUGUUCUGAAUGGGCGCCCUUCAAUCCUUAAGUCAUGCCCUCUCGUACUAGUCUCCCCCACCAUGGGAAACAACUUUGCUACAUCCACUCUGUCCAUGCCUUUCAACAUUCGAAAUGUUUCUAUGAGGUCCCCCCUCAUUCUUCUAAACUUCAAGGAGUACAGUCCAAGAGCGGUCAAACAUUCCUCAUAUGUUAACCCUCUCAUUCCCGGAGUGGGGAAAGAACUACAGUUACUACCUAUUUUAGGUUACUACUAAAAGAAGUGUUGGUAUGAAAAUACUUCUAAAGCAAUUGAAAAUAAAUGCUUUCCUUAAAAAAAAACGAGACCAAUCAUUUAAGCAAGUUUUGAAACUCUGGAGUUUUCUGAUUGAAUGUAAGGUUGAGAGGCGCUUAACUGAAAUCUUCCAGUUUUCAGAAUCACAAAGAAUUGUUGCAGCAGGAGUUAAGUCAGUUUUGCCCAUUGAGUCUGUACACUGGAGUAAUGCAGUGACCCCUGCUCUCACAGCCUCUUCCAAGAGCAGGGCAAUUCUUUCUGGAUCCCCUCUCAAAAUAACAGCUGAAUCUGCCCCUCUACUAAUCCUGGCCAUGCAAUCCACUCUCUGCAUAUAUAAGAUUUUCCAGUUGUUACUUUUGUUUUUAGUGGUCAAUGAUCUUCAUUCUAUGACCCCUAGUUCUUAACCGCUCUAUCAGUUGGAACAGUUUUUCUUUCUACUCUGUCCAUACCCUUCAAGACCUUCUAUCUCUAUCAGAUCUUCCUGUGACCUUUCCUGUUCUGAAGGGAAUAGCGCCAAGCUUCUAUAAUCUAGUCAAAGUUUAAAGUACAAAAUAUGUAUAUAUUAUACAACCUUCAGAUUCAUCUCCCAACAGGCAGCUGCGAAACAAGGAAACCCAAAAGAACCCAUAUUUAAAAAAAGACCAUCAAGCUCCCAAUAUGCAGAAGGAUAAAAAGCACAAGCAAAUAGCAUUCAGAACUGAAGUUCAACGCCAAGCCGAGCAAACCUCGAGGAGCAGUGAGCUGAACUGGUCCGUCGCUUGCCGCGGGCCCCGACACUCUGACCUUUUCAGUCUGGCUCGGCGCCUAAAUUGACGUCUAAACAUCGUGUUCAAUCACCUCAAUAUGCUCAGGUGCCCAAACCUCGCCACCUCGAUUCAGCCUGUAACUGAACUUUCCAAUUCAGCACGGCGCUUAAGUCUCCGUCCAAGUAUCUCGUUCAGCCGAAUCAGUGCACUCUGGGGCCUGGAUCUAUUCAACUAACGACAUAGAUUCACCAAACUUAAAAACUUCAACAAUUCAUUUCAGUCGGUCUUUUCUGUGCUUUCUCUAAGCCCGUCACAUUUUUCUUCCUUCAUUUACCGAGCAGUUACAAAUGGGAUUGAGCAUUGUACUCUGAUCAGUGAACAUCCACACAUCUGACCUUCUGAUAGACGCAAAGUCAAGGCAAAAGUCGAAGUAAAUUUAUUAUCGGAGAACAUGUAUGUUUACAUAAACUACCUUAUAAUCCAUUUUCUGACAGGCAUUUACAGGAAAAUAAAGAAAUGCAAUAGUAUUUAUGAAAUCCAUACACAAAGACAAACAAACAGAUAAAUUGUGCAAA